UCCUCUUUUUGCUUUGUCUGCAAUCUGCUCCCAGAUAGAGAUAGUUCUGCAUGUCAGGCAUGGGUGAGAAAGUCCCUGAAGCUGCAGUAUCUGAAGCUUCCGAGUAGCAUCUUCACGUAAGAAAAUCACCAGCUUCUCCAAAGCAGAGGCAACAGGUCCCCAAACCUGGUGGAGCCCGGUGUGAAAUGAAAAUGUGGGCCCCUUGUUGAAAAUUACAGAACCCAAGAAGGGACAGCAGAGUGUGUGCCAGUGUCGGGUGGCAGGGCCGGGGCUGCACGGGCCGCGGCAGAGUCCAGGCCGCAGCUGAGGGGAGUCACGUGGGUGCUGAGGAGGUGGAGGGGCACAUUGACCUUCUGCGCUGAAUCGAGUCCGCCUCCUCCUCAUCCCCACGCAGGCUGCUUGGGCCUUCAGCGUCUCUUAUGGAGUGGCUGCAGCUCUUUGUAUUGAAACAUUAGAGAAAAGUGGAUUCAAACCCACGAUCAAAACAGGCACCACAAAAGACAAGCCCUGCUCAGCCCAUGUUAUACAGAAUGAAAAGAUCAGCCCUCUUCCGGGGCACAGGGUCCGGACAGCUCAGGGCCACCCUGCCAGGCCAUGCAGCUCCGGAUGGGGGCUCUUUUCUGGCUGUGUUCACCCUGCUGUUGGAAACCAAGUGGGCCGCCCUGCAGCCCAGACAAGCCGAGUGGCCUUUGUGCUUUUAAUUCUGAUGAAUGCACUUGCUUUAGAAAAUGUUUAAUUAUAUUGGAAGCAACUUAAACUGUUGGACGAGUAUGGCUCUCUCAGAAGUUUUGGUGAAAGUGGCUUUGGCCCUGACUUUGUGGUCGCAUGUGUGGGUUUGUGAGUGGAACCUUCAGCUUUAAGUUGGAAACCAUGGCUGUGGAGAGCUGGACUUUAGGCUGGGGAGGUCACGUCCCUACCCAAUGUGGUGGGUGCCCCCGACUCCCUACCAUUCUCUUCCCUGCGCCCUGCCAGGGGAUGCGGGAGAGAAGGGAGACAAAGGCGCCCCAGGACGGCCUGGAAGAGUCGGCCCCACGGGAGAAAAAGGAGACGUGGGGGACAAAGGACAGAAAGGCAACCCUGGUCCUAAUGGAGAACCAGGUAUGCCUCCUGAGUGCAGCCAGCUGCGCAAGGCCAUCGGGAGAUGGACAACCAGGGUCUCUCAGCUGACCAGUGAGCCUGUCUACGAAGAACGGUAUGCUGUCGCUGGUGUGCGCGAGACGGACAGCAAGAUCUACCUGCUGGUGAAGGAGGAGAAGCGCUAUGCGGAUGCCCAGCUGUCCUGUCAGGGCCGAGGAGGCACGCUGGGCAUGCCCAAGGACGAGGCUGCCAAUGGCCUGAUGGCCGCAUACCUGGCGCAGGCCGGCCUGGCCCGUGUCUUCAUCGGCAUCAACGACCUGGAGAGGGAGGGCGCCUUCGUGUACUCCGACCGCUCCCCCAUGCGGACCUUCAACAAGUGGCGCAGCGGCGAGCCCAACAACGCCUACGACGAGGAGGACUGCGUGGAGAUGGUGGCCUCGGGCGGCUGGAACGACGUGGCCUGUCACACCACCAUGUACUUCAUGUGUGAGUUCGACAAGGAGAGCAUGUGAGCCUCAGGCUGAGGCUGGCCGCCGGGAGAGCCCGUGAGCCUCCGCAUAUGAGCCUCAGGCUGAGGCUGCCCACUGGGGACCCCACGUGUCCCGGCAGGGUUGGCAGAGCCAGAGCCCAGACCAUGGUGCCAGCCAGGGAGCUGUCCCUCUGUGAAGGGUGGAGGCUCACUGAGUAGAGGGCUGCUGUGUAAACUGAGAGAACGGCCUGUGUGUAAGAGGAAAAAGAAAGUGUCCCUGGGCUGCUGUCUCUGAGGAAGCGGAGUUUCAUUACCGUCUUGUAGCCCCAAUGGCAUUAUGUAAUUAUUACCCAGAAUUGCUCUUCCAUAAAGCUCGUGCCUUUGUCCAAGCUAUACAAUAAAAUCUUUAAGUAGUGCAGUAGUUAAGUCCAAAUGGUGGCAAUGGGGUCUUGAAUUACUACCUUUUAAUUUCUAUAUGGAAAAGAACUCACUUCACUUUGACUGAUGCUUCUGUAAAUUAUAUUAAAAUAUAGGUUCCUUCACA